AUGGAGUCAGCUAUUGAAAAAGAAAGCAAUUCUAAAAUACUUAACUUAACCUGCCACACUGGUGGGACAUGCAUACCAUGUGCUAUUACGUGGAGCAGCAACUCCGUCUUUCUUCACCCACUAUCGACCUCACAAUGGACAAAGAACAGUGGCUCUGGCUAUACAAGUGUUUCAAAUGCGCUCUACUACAUUACUAAAGAUGUGGACGGAAAAGAAAUACAAUGUUCUGCAAAAUGCUGGAACGAUUCAUCUGAUUCAAAACAUGAAAGAUACACAAUUUCUUUUCAGGCUUUUCAAGCUGAACACUGGCGUACGUUAGUCCUUUACGCCUUAUCUGGAACCUUACUUCUAACACUUGCCACAACGCUCAUCGUGCUUCUCGUUCGUCGAUGCAAACCUCAUGCGUAUGAAAGGUUUCUACGCCGAAGAAGACCUGCAGAAAGCGACCCUAGUAGACAUGUGUACGAUGCUGUUCAGUCUACUGUUGAGACAACUACGCUUCACGAUCUAAGAAGGCUAUCUGCAACGGCCCCUGAGAACACAUCUCCACUCUCGGUUAUGGAAGAACAACAAGUCCGUCCAAAUAGAAACGAAUGCCCCUACGAUUAUGUGGAUACCUCACCCGACCACCAGAACCAUGGGAAAAAUACACCGGCUGCAUCUUACAUCCAUGCGAUAUAAAGCAACCAAUCGGACCAAUCAAAUUGUUUGAGUAAACACAACCAAAUAAAAAAUUGCCAAUACUUGUAAAUAUAUUUCAAUGUAAACAUUCUAAUCUUUGACUUCAUUUUAUUAUAAAUAUAAUAUUUCGAUAUUCUGGUUAUGUCGCACAUUUUUUUGGAAUGUUGUGGGUUGAGAUAGACAUGUUAUGUAUUUCGGUAUAUCGAAUGUUAAUUUCCCAUUUUCCCGAGGUCCUCACGACUUCGACAUUUGACUGAAUGUAACGUGGUUAUAUUUUUUUUUUGUAAAAACAAGACAUAACAUGAAAUACAUAAUUUACAAAUAGAAUUCUAAUAUGUAAUAAAA